ACUGCUACUAACUUCUAAAGGUUGGAUAGAUUUCGAUGGACUUUGAAGCCUAUUAUAGUAAAGAAAAUGGUAUACAAUAUCGAAAAUAAACUCCUAAAAACUGCCUGUUACCGAGACUAAAGCGAAAGCUGAUCCACUGCAGUGCACACAUCAACAUGGCUGGUGCAGAGGGCUGGUCGUCAACUCAACUCCGACAGUAUUCCUUCCCUUUGGAGACGAUACCCCGUCUCUCAUGCACGGAUCCUGAAGCAGACAGACUCAUAAGCGAAGAGAAACCUGUAGUUCUAACAGACACCCACCUAAUAGACAGUGCUCUAAAAUGGGACCUGGGUUACCUCCGGGCAAAUUUGGGAGGAGGCCUGUGCUCCGUGUACGAGUCGGACAAUCACAAGUUCAUGUACUUUGAUGAGAAAAAGGCAAAGGAUAGAAAAGACUACACGCCAUGUACAAAAAGAAUGGAAAUGCCAUUUGAAGAGUUUGUCAAACAGUUGGAAAGCUCUGCAGAAACAGAAGGAAAGCGCGUGUACCUGCAGCAGACCCUGAAUGAUACAGUUGGUAAGAACAUUGUGGUGGACUUCCUUCAGUUCAACUGGGACUGGAUCAACAAACAGCAGCAGAAGCAGAACUGGGGGCACCUCACCUCCAACCUCUUGCUGAUUGGCAUGGCAGGAAAUGUAACACCAGUACACUAUGAUGAACAGCAGAACUUCUUUGCACAAGUAAAAGGAUUCAAGCGAUGCAUCCUGUUUGCACCUGAACAGAUUGAGUGCUUGUAUCCCUACCCUGUGCACCACCCAUGUGACAGACAAAGCCAGGUUGACUUUGAUAACCCUGACUACAACAGAUUUCCUAAGUUCAGAUAUGCGUCAGGGUUGGAGGCAGUGGUGGGCCCAGGGGACGUGCUGUACAUCCCCAUGUACUGGUGGCACCACAUUGAGUCCUUGCUAGAGGGAGGGUAUACGACAUCUGUCAAUUUCUGGUACAAGGCUGGUCCCACACCCAGAAACAUUGUGUAUCCACUGAAGCCCGUGCAGAAGAUGGCCAUCAUGAGAAACCUUGAGAAAAUGCUGGCUGAAGCACUAGGAGAUUACAGAGAAGUUGGGCCUUUGAUAAACACAAUGAUUCAAGGUCGCUACACUCUGAUGGACAUGACGGAGGUCAACGGAAACAAGGUCCUGUACACUGACUGAACCCAGAGGUUCCAUCAGCUGCCUGAUUUGUCGACAAAAAUAUUGUGUAAAAAUGCUGCUGCUCAGCAAUAGAGAAUUUUUUAAUGUCAUAGUAAUUAUAAUAUGAAUCCCUUGGCAACAAAGUUGGCGGUUAAUUUGAAUACAGCAUGUUGGCAUGUUAAACAGGCGUACACUGUAUUCCAACAUGGCCCAAAUGAUGUGGUAUAGAUUCAAGGUCAGGUGGCCCAUGGGGUAAAAAGUUACAUGUUAUAAAUUAUAGGUUUGUGAUGGCAAAAGCCUGUUCUGUUUUAGCCUAAGGCUUUUUUUAUUUCAUUUAUAAUGCAUUGUAGCAUCAUUGUAUACAACUUGGUGUAAUUUAUUACAUUUUUAUAUAAUUGUGAUAAUGCUGUUAACCUUUUUAGUUUGACCAAGUCUAUCACCAAAUGCAUAAGUGAAGGUUUAAGACAUCCAGAUAUCCAAAAAUGAGAUUCCCAGAACAAAAGUAACUCAAACAUUGCCAACUGGAUAAGUUUUGAACAUAUCAAUCUUCAGUGUUGUAACGCUACAUGUGUACUACAUGCAGGACUUUAUAUUACGUUUGGUGUAGACAAUUGUGGAAAGAAACAUAGCAU